ACCAUGAAAUUUUCAAACAGAGUUGCCAAUAUUGUUAAAGAACUGCGGCUGUAAUUUUGCAUGGAAAAUUAAAUUAAAUUAUGGAAAAAUCGAAAAUAUCUCGAGAUUGCCGCGCUUGCGGCAUGUUUAUUUACAACGCAACAUCCAAGAAUCUCUUCCAAGAGCCGGACAACAUAAUGCUGAACCAAAUCGAAGCCUUAACGGGCCUAUUUCUUCUCGAGCAGCCGAAUUUCCCAGCUCGCAUUUGCGGCCCUUGCGAGGUGUCUCUGAGGGAAGCCGUGCGCUUCCGGGAGCGUGUCAUCCAGACGCAGAAGUUGCUCCAGAGCGGUUCCGCCAAGCCAGAGGCUGUCGAAGAGAUCUACUUGCACGCCACUGGACAAAACUCAGACCAGGAAGCACAAGAGGUGCCCGACUCUGAGAGCGAGGAGAAAGACGACAGUCAAGGUGUGCCGUCGGUGGAACUAGAAUCCCUCGAAGAGGACGAAGACCCUGGUGUGGUGGUACCGAAAGAUGUGACGCUUGAUUCGACUGCCCCAGCCAAACCCAGUGCCGAGACGGAAUCAAAAGUUGCCAGAUGCCAACAGCCCCCACGUACCCCCACCGUAUACGCAUCGAUGACGUUUGCGGAUAACAGCAAGAGUCGGAACCUGCCGCGUACCCAGUGGGACAGGCUCACCGAGGAGGAGACGGUGGCUCUGAAGCGGGAGCGCCGCAAGCGGGACUGCAUCUGUGAGCAGUGCGGCCGUCACUUCUCCUGUCCCAGCAAUUUCAAAGUCCACCUGCUGCGGCACUCGGGUGUGAAGAAUUUUGCCUGCGAGCAGUGUCCACAGACGUUCUAUACGGCCCAUCUUCUGCGGCGCCACGAGAUGCUGCACCGGGGCGAGCGUCCGUUUCCCUGCCAGUACUGCAAUAUGUCAUUCAACAACUCCAGCGGACGCAUUCAGCACGAACGCAUUCGCCACACCAACAUCAAACCCUACAAGUGCACCGAGUGCGAUAAAUCCUUUGCUGUGAGUGGGAAACUCAAGGUGCACAUGCUUAGCCACACGGGUGUGCGGUCCUUCCAUUGCGAGCAGUGCAAAGUGUCGUUCAUACGCCGCCCCCAUCUACAGGCCCACUUCCGCUCGAAAAGCCAUGCCCAGAACUCGCAUGCCCAGGAGUCCCAGGAGUCCUCCGCCAAAGCAUUGGAAGUCGAUGUUGAGACCCUUCUUCAGUAGAAUCUUUAGAUAAUAGCUUAUAAUGUUCCAAUUAUAGUAAUAUUAUAUAGUUGAG